UCGAGGGCAAGAGGUUACGCGCCGUCCCUCCCAUCUUGAGUCCUUCGCCUGCACCCAGUCUAACCUGACGCCUAAAGGUUUCGUCCCCCAGCCAACCUUCUAGUUCUUUCUUUUAUCCUGCUCUAGAGUCUUCUUAACCUCCCGCCUCACCUCUUCCCUCAGAUUUCGCUCUAUCCUUGCCAGCUCACCAUUGUCUCCGAGCUUAAGCCAUAACGGAUGAAGGAAAAAGAUUAAUUAUUUGUGAAAAGAAAUUAUCCAAUACUUCUCAUCUAUCUAACUGGAGUUACACCAGGUGGAGUUUUUCUCAUUGGUUGACGACUUUAAUCAGUGAUUAUAUGAAAAUUAUUAUCUUCACUGAAGGAUCUACUGAAUAAUCAUUUUAACUCAACUAUAUCGCAUUAUUGAGAGCAAUCCUUUUAAUUCUAGGUGAUCGACUGACUUCACAAUGUCUGAAAUUAGAUUCAGCAAUCUAACUUGGGAUCAAGUUAUAACACUGGAUCAAGUGUUAGAUGAAGUAAUUCCAAUUCAUGGAAGGGGGAAUUUCCCCACAAUGGAGGUAAAACCAAAAGAUAUCAUUCAUGUUGUGAAAGACCGACUCAUAGAGCAAGGAAUUAUUGUUAAAGAUUCCAGAUUGAAUGGUUCCAUAGCAAGUUACAUACUUGCACGCCGUAAUGGAAUCAGCUAUAAGGAUCUGGAUGUUAUUUUUCGUGUUGAACUUCCCAGUUACCAAGAAUUUCACAUUGUUAAGGAUGCAGUUCUAGGUUGUCUACCAGACUUUUUACCAAAAGGUGUUAAAAAGGAAAAGAUGACCCCAUAUAUUAUGCAAGAGGCUUAUGUACAGAAGUUGGUUAAGGUCUGCAAUGAGCAUGAUCGUUGGAGUCUUAUUUCCCUUUCAAAUAACACUGGGAAGAAUUUAGAAAUGAAAUUUGUGAGUUCACUCAAACGCCAAUUUGAAUUUAGUGUAGAUUCCUUUCAAAUUAUUUUGGAUCCCAUGUUAGACUUCUACAGUGACAAAAAUGCCAAGCUAACCAAAGAGUGCUGUCCUGCUGUAAUAGCUGAAAGCAUGUAUGGAGACUUCCAGGAAGCAAUGACACAUUUGCAAUACAAGCUUAUAUCUACCAGAAAACCUGAAGAAAUUAGAGGUGGUGGCCUUUUGAAGUACUGCAACUUGCUGGUUCAUGACUUCAAGCCAGUUUGUGUACUUGAAAUGAAAAAACUGGAGCGUUACAUGUGCUCUAGAUUCUUUAUUGAUUUUCCUGAUGAAGUAGAACAGCAAAAGAAAAUUGAAUCAUAUCUCCACAACCAUUUUAUAGGUGAAGAAAAGAGCAAGUAUGACUACCUUAUGACCUUGCGUGGAGUUGUGAAUGAAAGCACUGUUUGCCUCAUGGGUAAUGAAAAAAGACGGGCUCUUAACCUAAUUACCAUGACUGCUUUAAAAGUACUUGGUGAACAGAAUUUUUUGCCCAGUACAGAAAAAGUAACUUGCUUUUAUCAGCCUGCUCCACACUUUGCAGCUGAGGCAGUGUACCCUAAUUAUUUAACAUCUGGGCCACCACCCAUUUUCUUUCAGCCAUACCACCCACUGCACUUUCAUGGGUCAAAUGGUAUGGCUUAAAAAACAUACAUGCAACAACGGAAACUUUGCUUUAAUUAAACACUUCUUAAAAGCAAGUUUCCAAAUUACGUAAAAUUCCAGUAUAUUCUUAUUUUUGUACAGUUGCCAAUUACUUUCAAUUAACUACAGUUGAUAGAAUAGCAGUUACCAACUAUUUUUGAUCAAUAAAGCCAUCAUAGUAAAUACAGUGUCUGUAGACCAACCACUUUAAAUGGUUUUCAAAUGUUAUUGACUGUAAUAACUUUCAAAUAUUGUUUUCCUCUUGAAAUGAUUUUUAAAUUUUCUGACUACUUAAGACUUUCAAAUUUACUGUGAAAAAUACAUUAUAGAUGCCUGCAUCUUUGACUAAAAUAUAAAAAAAAGAUUCACGUUUUAAAAUUCAGAUGUACAGUGAAGUACCAAAUUUUUUAUAUUCAAUCAGUUCCUUUGCUACAUUUAGUUCUUUUUUUUAUAUCAAAUAUACCAUCAUUGAAAUUUUCAGUACUUAACAAAAAUGCCUAAUUUCAAAAAAAUAGAUUCAGAAGACAUUAAAACCCUGGACUUUUCAAGAUUUUUUUUUUUUUUUACAAUUAGGUUGGAUACAAAAAUCCUACUAUAGCUUAAAGGAAUGCUGGGAAAAAUGAUUCUGUAAAGCACUGGACAUUAGUAAUUUGUCAUCUAUAUGACAAAGCAUUUAGUUAAUUUGUGAAUUUGAAUAAUAAUAUACUGCUGUGCAGCUGCUACUGUGAUCAGAUACAAGGUCUUCUGCCCCUUAAAAUAAGUUAAAACGAAUGAAAAUGACCAACUCUGAAUGUGAAAGCUUUCUAUUAUCAUCUACUACAAAGAGAUUCUAAAUGGCAAACAGAAAAAAACAGGCAGAGGUUUAUAGCCAUAGCAUUUACUAUUUUAUAGCGUAUUUGAAAAAUAUUUUUAUUGUGAGAAAUAUAACAUUUCAGUAAGUUAAAAUAUUUUCAUUAUAACUAAAUGAAGCAGAUUUUCCAAUUUGCCUUUACCAAAGAUCGUUUUCUAACAUGCCACUCAAGUGCCUACUCAUGUGACUUUUUGCAUAACAUGAUAAUUUAUUCAACAACUGUGUACAUUUACAGUAUCUCUAAAUACGUACUUAAUACAUCAAGUAUGGUGCUAGAAAAUCUACCAGUGGGAUUCAAAUGUAUUUUCUUUCCAUAAUGAAAAUAAUCCAUGACUAAUGUUAUCUGAAGUGUUAGAAGGGGAGCUGUCUUGAAUUAGUAUGGAGCAGGCCACUGGAAAACUUCAGUAUUUCCACUUGCUUAUGAAUUUUUGUGAGUAUCCAUUUCAGUUUAUAUUGGCCAUCACGUUUUCUAUCACAACAUGGCCCAACAGUUGUAUCCUGAUAAUUUGUCAAUUAUAGACUUGCUUAACCUAUCUUCACUGUAUUACAAUAUUGAACACAAGAAGUACAUCAAAUAUGGCAUUUUCAAAUAACCAAUAUUUCUUAGGUAUUUUAUACCACAGCACAAGUGGCCAUGAGUAUAUUUUUAAAGAAUUAUAUAUCACAGAAUCCUGAGGCUUUAAAACACUAUAGACUUACCACUUUCUUGACAAUUAAAGAAUUUAUAAAUACAAUAUUAAAACGAAAUUUCAGCAACCUAUUUACUCAUUGUAUUGGCUAAAGAUGGUUUAUACGUUCAGUAUUUUCCAAAGUAGCAUUUGACACUGAGUAGCAGAAUUCUGAAGAUUUUCAAAAACAAUUUACAUUGUAAAUUAACAGUAAAACAAGAUUGAGAGAUAUGUGGAACUACGAUUUGGUAAACAUUUUCAUGAAGACCAUUUUGAUAAAACUUCAAACCCAACAUUUUAACCUAAUCUGGUAUUUAUUUGCUAUACCAUUAUAAAAUAAAAUGUAUUUAAUUUUUUUAGUUGCACUGUCCAUUUUGUGGUUAUAUUAUAUUCUGUAAGUUAUAAUGUUGAAAUUUAUGUAAUAUGCAUUUGGAAAUUGUAUUGCUGAUCCACUGUUCCAUUUAAUGAAUAUUUCUUCAGCACAUAUAACUGGAAGUAGCAAAUCUGUUGGAAUUUCAGUGUUUUGCUCUUAAGUGCUUCAUUAAGGAAACAGUUUUUCUUGAAUUUUGUGAGUUUUAGCAAAAAACAUAGUAUUCAGAAUAUACGCUAAUUUGAAACCAAUUUAGGAUGAAACUGGUGAUCUUUGAGCAUAACACAUUAUACUUUCUUUUGUUUUUUGAUGGAGGAAUGUAAGGUGAUUUUUUUUCAAAAUUUUCCUAUUUAAGGCAGUGCUACAUUGAUGUAUUUGUUUUAAACAACAACAAAAACACUUUUUGUCUAUAUGUAACUCUUGAAAGAGCAACAGAUAAACAAUAGAUGAACAGAACAAUUUUAUAUAUGUGUAUUUUUAUGACUCUUUAAACCAAUCAAACCUCCCUGUCCUAGAAAAAUAGUGUCAUACAGAUAUACAUGUUAGUAACUAAGAGCAAAAUAACUGGUUCCUGUAAAUGCAUAAAAUUACCUUUCUAAGAAAGAUUUUCAGUGGACUCUCUUUGAAAAAUGUUUUCUUCAUUUCCAAAUUAAACUUGAUGAGUUGAAUAACACAACCCAAGGAAUAUCAUGGCAAUUUAUGACAAUUCACUUGUUAUAAAUUGUAUAUGAUAGAAUUUGAACCAUUCUCUAAAAUGCUAAUAAGUAGUCCACCUUAUGUUAUGAAUAGACAUGGUGCAGUCAUACCUGGUCCUUUGGCUCAACUAGAGAACCCAGAAACAUGGGAUUGAAUUCUUUUUUUUUUUUUUUUUUUUUUCUCUGAAACGGAGUCUUGCUGUGUCGCCAGGCUAGAGUGCAGUGGUGCGAUCUCAGCUCACUGUAACUUCCACCUCCCAGGUUCAAGCAAUUCUCCUGCCUCAGCCUCCCAUGUAGCUGGGACUAGAGGCAUGCGCCACCAUGCCCAGCUAGGUUGUUUUUUUUUUAGUAGAGAUGCGGUUUCACCAUGUUGGCCAGGAUGGUCUCGAUCUCUUGACCUCGGGAUCCACCCACUUCGGCCUCCCAAAGUGCUGGGAUUAUGGGCGUAAGCCACCACGCCCAGCCUAAUUCUUUUUUUAGUAUUUGUAUAGCCCUGGAAAUAUCAGUGGGGAAGGUUAGUCUCCAUGAAAAUGACAGUAGAGAGUCGUAUGAGUGUUCACACUAAUAUUCUAUUCAGUAAUUUCACUUUUAUUAUAGGAGGACCACAUAAAUAGAACUUGUCUAUAUAACAGAUACUUUAAUCUAAAAAAUAAUAAUACAGAUAUUGUCAUAUUUUUAACUUGUAAAAUCAGAGUUAAAAAGGACAUUCUUCUAUUAUGUGUAGAAGACACUUCCAAUAUUUUUAAAAUAAAAAUUGAUAUUAGAUAGCCAUUACAUUUAUGUAUUUUUAUUUUAAAAGGUAUUACAAAUGUUCACUUCUCCCCAGUAAAAUUAGAUUCAACACAAACAUACAUUUACAGAUAUUUGAACAAACAGAAUUGUAAAUAAUUUUCUCUUAAGUUUCACAUGUAACCUUUUGGAGGACAAAAUAUUUCUACAUAAAUUAUUUUCUUUAUGGUUUUGGGAGUUUUGUAAGAUAGCUUUGGGCAUUGAGAAUUAAAUGCCUUCCAAAACCAAUGGUUGUUAAGGCAGUGAACUUCAAAUAUCUACUGUCUUAUUGCAAGAUUUGCUAUCAGGUAAAAUGCAUUUAAUAAUGUCAACAAGUAAAAAGUAUAAAUUUUAGCAGUUUUAAGGUUAAAAAUUGACGUUCCUUAAAAGCACCUAAAUACAUAUUUCAAGUGAAAGGCAUUAUAUUCUUCUAGGUAACUAAUAUAUAUAUACCAAAACAGAAACCAUGCCUGGGAAGUUAUCUGAUUUAGAAAUAUAGAGGACUACAUUCAACAUGCUGUAAAUAGAUUUGUAUGAAUUUCAUCAACUAUUUACUAAGUUAGGGAAAGUACCUCUAUAGGAGAUACAUAAAUUCUAGUAAUCCUGACAGUUUCCAAAAGGGGAGCAUGUAAUCCAUUUUCCUGAGGACCAAGUUUUUAAUUCCUCCCAUUUUGCUUCCUCAUUUUCUUAAUUUAGUGAAAUGAUACCUCUUUGUGCUCACAAUGAUAAGAUGCAAAAAAAAAUGACAUCUGGGGACAAUUUAGUACUGUUUAUAUUACCAAAAGACAAAAUGACACUAUGCCAUGUUUAUUUAUUACUGAGGGAGAGUCUGUAAAUGUCAUGAUUAUUAGGUAGAAUUGUGUUUGUGGAUGGUCCCAUUCUAGAAAAGAAAGCUUCCGUGUGUGCAUUGUAGAGAGUACAAUUUUAGGAGCUCUAAUAUUUCAAGAUUUCCCUUAACUACAUACACUAACAACACUUUAAUUCAGGAGCCAUGAUUCUAGAAAUAAAAAUUCACUUUUCAGUUCUUGCAGAACCCAGGAAUUCCAGGCAACUAAAUGUGAAGAAAUGACUUAAUUGGCUUACUGUAUCAUUUAGAGCUCAGACUGGUAUAAAUUAUAAAAUAUCAUUUUUUAGUAAGAAGUGGUCAAAAUUAUCUUAAGCAUUGUUACAUGAUAUUGUGUAAUUGGGAAUGUUUCAAAGAUAAGUUGCAUUUCAGUUUAAAUUUGAAUAUAUAA